CUUCAGGUGAUCUACAUUCUCCUGCAACUAAACUGCUGGAGGACUUUUCCCGCAUCUCCCAUGGUAUCAAAACGAUCUUUCUGCUCCAGGAAAUGCAUAAGAAAACGGUUUCGACAAAAGAGAUUAAACUACAUAUAUCUACAUAGGCGCAGAACUGAAAUUGUAGUCAGGGUUGGAGCUUGCUGCUUCCUUUUCUGUCUCUCUUUUCUUUUGUUUUCUCAAUCCUGGACUUUACAGCCUUACUCACUGGGAGGUGUAGUUCUGGCGUCUUUUCUUUUGUUUUCUCAAUCCUGGACUUUACAGCCUUACUCACUGGGAGGUGCAGUUCUGGCGUCUUUUCUUUUGUUUUCUCAAUCCUGGACUUUAAGGCCUUACUCACUGGGAGGUGCAGUUCUGGCGUCUUUUUAUUUGUUUUCUCAAUCCUGGACUUUACAGCCUUACUCACUGGGAGGUGCAGUUCUGGCGUCUUUUCUUUUGUUUUCUCAAUCCUGGACUUUACGGUCUUAUUCACUGGGAGGUGCAGUUCUGGCGUCUUUUCUUUUGCUUUCUCAAUCCUGGACUUUAUGGCCUUACUCACAGGGAGGUGCAGUUCUGGCGGAAGAGGCAAUGGAUUUCGGGUUUUGCGGUUAAAAGCCCUUACACAAACAUAUCCUGUAUGCAACAAUUAGAACACAUUUCCAGUUUUCCACAAUGUCUUUCAAUUGGAUUGGAAAUUAAGAUAUGAAAAACCGUGAUACUGAAUGAAGUAAGAGAGGGUUGCUGUCUAUCGGUAGUAUCCAUCACAAGAUUUGUUUUAACACUAACCAAACAGGAGAGCAAAGUCUAAAACGGUAUGGAGGUGUUUUGUCGCAUCAUACCUUCCCAGAAACAUCUCUGCACAUCUUCAGCUGACAUCCCUGUUUAUUUCACACAUCAGGGAGCUAUGGAAACUAAUCUCCCAUACCCAUGCUCUCGGAACGCUUAUAGGUUGCUUGCUGGAUUCAUAAUCAGCAAAUACCUGCAAGAAUGUUUCCGUUGACCAUAUCAGGAUCCUCAUCUUACAUGUCAACAGAGACUUGUAUGAUAAGCCAAGUUUUUAACAAGCACAACACAUCACACCUCAUUAACCUGGAAGUAAGUUCCAUUGAGUGGAAAUCUUCCUUUAGUUGCUGUUCUGCAAGGUAUCUGAGUAACGAUUACAGGUAAAGGGAUUGAUACAGCCUCUGGAGUUGGAACUAUCAAAGCAUUAGAUAGAUUGAGGUUGUCAUCCAUUAUUCUGCUCUCUUCCAUAUAGACUGGCAAAUGCCCCAACUCUGACAAGCCACAACAUUCUUCAGGCAAAGUAACAAGUGCCAUUUCAGUGUCAACAGAAGUAUCAGCUGAUGGUGGACAAAUAGAACCAACUAGACAUCUCUCUGACAAGUCACCUUCUUCAGGUAAGGUGACAAGUGCCUCUUCAGUGUUGAUGGAAUUAUCAGUUGAUGGUGAAUAAACAGAACCAACUAGACUUCUCUCUGACAAGUCUAGUUCUUCAGGUAAGAUAACCAGUUCCUUAUUAGUGCGGAUGGAAUUAUCAGCUGAUUGUUGAUAAACAGGUCCAACCAGACUGCUCUCUGACAAGUUACGUUCUUCAGGUAAGAUAGCAAGUGCCUUUUCAGUUUUGAUUGAAUUAUCAGCUGAUGGUGGAUAAAGAGGACCAACUAGGCUUCUCCCUGAUAAGUCCCGUUCUUCUGCUAAGGUAAGAAGUGCCUGUUCAGUGUUGAUGGAGUUAUCAACUAGUGGUUGUGGAUAAACUGGAUCAACUAGGCUUCUCUCUUGCACUGGCAGGGUAAGGCUUGCACUGCAUCCAUGUUAGUGUUUAGGUUGCAUGAAAGAUAGAAGGUACACUCAAAAUGUUUUGUGGCACCUCUUGUUAGCUUAAAAUAGUACUCCCUCCGUCCCCCAACUAAGUUUCCGGUUUGACUUCACACGUAUUAAGAAAAUAAAUUUGACUUUACUAUGGAGUGCACUGUUUUGCACUGUUCAAACACUGUUUGACACUGUCUGUUUGACACUGUUUUGCACCGUUUUGACACUGUUUUGAUGUAGAUAAUUUGCCAAAUAAGGAAAGUAAAGAAGUGUGAACUUAAUUUAGGGACUGCCCAAAAAGGAAAGUGGUAACUUAAUUGGGGGACGGAGGGAGUACAUGCUAGCCAGAUAACCUUUUUUUUUACAGAAAUUUACUCCAAACUCUUAAAAUGUUAUUCAUAUAGAUUUAGCAUCAUAGGUGCACAAGAAUCCUUAAUCUAAACAAUUCCAUUCAGAAGUUGAGCAUUUAUUUUCUCAACAUCAAAGAAUAUAAAUGAGAACACUCAAUGUCUAAAAGAAAAGAUCAUGAGAUGUUAUAGCAAUAUAUAGAGUAGUUGAAACAAACCUACCUUGUGAAAGCACUUGCAAAGUGCCUGCACUCUGCUCUCAUUGGACAAGCAUUGCAAUUUGGUCUUUCUUUUGUACAAAACACCUGUAUCAAAUCAAAUUUACAAUGGCUACUUUUCUAGUCAUGCGAACAAGAUACCUAAAAAACUUUCUGAAGACUCAAUUUCUACCUUUCCAAACGUGAUCAUCUGGGUGUGAAAUUCAUACCUGCAAAAUGGAUUAAUGGCUCUUUCACUUUACUACUGAAUACUUAAUUAUAAACUUCUUGAUGAAGAACAACAUUGAUAGAACGAGAUCAUCUACAUACAGGGUUAAGUGAUCAAGUGUGCAUAGCCGUGGCCAAAUAUACUUGUGAAUAGAGUUGACAUGUGGAUACCUAUAUUGUAAUGAAUGAUAACAAUAAUAGAGGUGUAAAAAGAAAAUUAUGGUGAUUGAUGUGCUUUUAUACACAGGUACUUAAUGAUAAUGAAAUACCACUUACUUUUUCAGAAGAUGCAUUGGUUGGCUAUUUGGCGGUAAAUGAAUAGGAACCCAUCCCAGACGAACUAGUACACGGCCAACAUUGGUGUCAACCUAAUUGGAUCAGUGAAGUAAAACGAUAAUGCUAUAUUCCAUGUGAAUAGAUAUAUUUACUACUCCCUCCGUAUCAAAAUAGCUGUCCCAAUUUCCUUUUUGGGGUGUAUUAAAUUAAUUGUCGGGAUGUAUUAAGUUAAUUGUCCCAUUUGCCUUUUUGGAAAGAAAUGCACCCUAAAAACCUCUUACUUUUUAUAAAGUCUACAUUAAUUAAUCUUAAAUUAUGUGAAAAAGCAGAUGGAGUAGUAUCUUACCCCAAAUACCAAAACUUUCAAAACAUAAUUGUACCUUUUUAGUAGAUUAAGGCACUUUUCUAUAAAAGGAAACAAAUCAUAAUGAAACCAUAGGUAAUGUAUUUGGAAUAUGAUUAGAAAAUAUAUUAGAUAGUCCCUCCUCCGUCCCUAAUAACUUUGCCAUCUUUCCCUUUUUGAUCGUCUAAAAAACUUUGUCACUUUCCAUACUAAUCAAUGAAUUUGUGGCUCCUAUUAUUUCACCCCUCCCCUGUACAAGCCUCAAAUCUCUCAAUCACACAAUUUUUAUUUUAUUAUUUCCUGUGCCGGUAAAACUUCACAAAGUUUUGAGGGACGGAGGGAGUAUAUGAUUGUAAAAUAUUAGUAGUCUUACCUUGUGGAGGUUAGGCAAAGCACAUGUACACACCAUACAUGGAUGCAUGCAUACACACAUAGAGACAUAUGUACAUAAUUCUUGUGAAAGAGAUAAUAAGCUUUAAGCCCUAAUUCUCUUCUUUUCUAUAAAAGUUUAUAUGGUAUCAGAGCCAUAAGAGGUAUAACCGGCCUUCUAUUUUCUCAUGGCCAACAACAACAAAAUCACACACCCGGAGGAUCUCCAAGAACAGUAAACUUCUCGCUAGACGAUCCACACUCAUCAUUCUCGCUAGACGAUCCACACUCAUCACUGGGACCUCUUCUACCGCAAUCAUCAUUUCUACAACUCUUGAUGGACUCAUCAUGCUUAAUCCCAAUCAAUUGGCACAACAAUAACAUCCAAGCCUAAGUCCCAAAAGAGUUUGGGGUUGGCACUCCAAUUAAUUGGUACGGCGUGACCAGAUUCUUAACCUUAUGUUUGGGUCACAGGUAAUGACUAAUUCAUGUUAUUCACAGCAAAAUUGUCAUCCCACCCGUCUCAGUGAGUGUGCCAAUCAUCUCCAAUGGCUCUGGCAAGAUCUGCUCUCCUUUGUAAUUAUUAAGUUAUGGAUUAUAGCAAUCAUCUAAAAGUUGUUACGGGCAAUUGGUCAGAUCUGUUGUGACAUACGGAUUUUGGAUGUAAACCCUUUAUUGGGUCUGAUUGAACUUCCAAUGCAGUCUGAACUAGACUAGAGCACAAGUAUGGCAUCAAUCCAACCUCAAUAACCCAUUUACACUCUCAACAUGAAUCUAAACCUACGCGGACCUAACCUGACACAGACUCCGGAAACAAGCUAUCCCCGUUACCACAAACUCGUUCCCUCAUCAUACCACCUCUGUCCCAUAGUGGAUGUCUUGUUGUAGUUUGGCACACUUAUUAAUAAAAUGGUUGAAAAGUAAAAGUUGUGAUUGAGAUUUGAGUAUAAUAAAAUGAAAUAAUAUGAACCACAUAUUUCUCCAAAAAAGGAAACUGGGCAUUUAUUUUGAGACAGCUCAAAAAGAAAAGUAAGACAACCAAAAUUAGAUGGAGGGAGUAUUGUUUCUACUCGUCAGUCUCAGGAUUUAGAGGUACAUAAAUAGCGAGAAGUUAUGUCAGUGGAAUUGGAUGCUUCAGUUCAAGAGGGUACUUCCUAGUGAUUUCUCCUCGAACCAGAAUAUUGUGGGUUGUAACUGGGUUUACACAGUCAAAUAUAAACCGGAUGACACUAUAGAUCAAUUUAAAGCUCAAUUGAUAGCAAGCGCUUUCAUCAACACAGUGGGAUUGAUUAUUCCGACAAAGAGUUUUUGCCAUUUUUAGUUCUCCGACUAUUAUGUCAUUGACACUUUUGGUACUCGACUUUGAUUUUUUCCACUUUUAGUCCUUGACUAUCUUGCUAGAGACACUUUUGGUACAUGUCUUUGAAAAUUUCCAUAUUUAGUCUUCCGACUUUCAUAAAAGUGACACUUUUGGUCCUUCAACUAUUAUAAUAAUAACAUUUUUAGUCCUCCAUUCAUUGUAUCAAAAUGAUAGUGGAAGGACUAAAAGUGUCAAUUUGAUAAUAGUCAGAGGACUAAAUGUGAGAAACUUUGAAGUCAAGGACUAAAUUUCUCUAGCACAAUAGUCGAGGACUAGAAUUGGAAAAAUUAAAAGUCGAGUACCAAAAGUGUCAAUGACACAAUAGUCGGGGACCAAAAAUGGAAAAAACUCUUGCGACAAAUACAAACUGGUGAGUAAACCAAUUAAUACUUGGGUGGUUCUUACCGUUACUCUCUCUUGCUUCUUGCAUGGAGAUCUUUAAGAAGUCUACUGUCUACAUGAAGCAUCUUCUGAUUUUAAUAAGGAUUUUGGUUUUUUCUGUGCCGUCUUUGAGAAUCUAUCAACGGGCUCAAACAGACCCCUCAGGUAUGGUAUCACGCAUUGUGCGAUUUCUUUUUCUCUCUUGGAUUUUAUCUGUCUGUUUCUGGCACGAGCCUCUUUAUUUUCUCCUCCAAAGGGACACACAUUUAUGUUCUAAUUUAUGUCGACGAUAUUAUUAAAGGUUUUUACACCACUUCUGACUCUUUGGGACAAAAAACACUAGUAAAGACCCAUGUUUUUUUAGGAGAUCAAGUCAUUCCUAACAACGAGGGUUUGUUUCUUGAUCAACAUCGAUAUAUUAUAGAAUUGUUAAGCAACAUUAAAAUGGAUGGUGCAAAUUUAGUGGCUACCUCGUUGGUGCCCUCUGCUUCAUUAAAUUUAUUUGAUAGCUCUGGUACAUGUGAUAUCCUCUUUAUAGGCAGGCAGGUACUUGGUUCAUUGCAAUACUCGAGCCUCACCCGACCGACCAUUCUGUUUGGUUCGUGCAUGAACCAACGACAGAUCAUUGGCAUUUAGGUAAGCUGGUCUUGCGCCACCUGAAGGGCACUGCUUCUUCCUAUGGUUUCUUUCUUACUCAGUGCCGAUCUCUCCCCCUUCGAGUAAUCUCUACACAGAUUGCGGAUCUUGAUGAUCACUUCUCCACCUGCGGCUAUUUGUGACUGUUUAAUAUCUUGAAAGUCUGGCAAACAACAAACCAUUGCCAAAUCUUAUACGGAAGCUGAGUAUCAUGCCCUCUCCGUUGAUGCCUCCGAAGUGAUCUGGAUUGAAUCACUCUUACAAAUUGCGGAGUUGCCCUCUGGUGUCACCAAUUUCCUUUGUGACAACAAGGGUGCCGUGACUUCGUUUGCUAGUGCACCGUUCCAUUCCCGCAUGAAGCAAGCGAUGAUGGAUUUCCAUUUUGUGGCCUUGCGUGGUCUCCUUUCUGUCCUUCAUAUCCCUUCCCAUGCACAGUUGGCCAAUGUUCUCACAAAACCAUUGCCACAACAACCGUUUCUCCUGCCCAUGAUUCUUGAUUGUGAUCAAAUAUCUGGCUUGCGGGUCGUAUAGAAGGAAACAAAUCAUAAUGAAAUUGCAGGAAAUAUAUUAAAGAUAUGAUUGCAAUAUAUUAGAGAUAUGAUCAUAAUAUAUUGAUGAUUCUUAGCUUAUUGAGGUUGGACACACCGCCUCUGCACACCAUAUGUGUGUGUGCGCGCACACACACACAAUUCUUAUGAAUAAGAUAAGCUCUAAGCCCUAAUUCUCUUCUUCUAAAAGUCUAUAUUUUCAUUGUAAAGUGAUCAACUUACUGGGAAUGCUUGGUGCUGGAGGGUUAAAAGCCGUAUGCAUUCAACACUUUUCAAUCCCAAGCCAUAUAUGCUUAAAAGAUAUUCCCUGCGAAACAAGGACAGGUCUCUAAGUACUAGAAUGCACUAAAUUUUCUUAAAUAAAACUUAAUGCAAAAGUACAACAAAAGAAAGAUGAUUACUUUGCGUUCUCAGGUGGAACAUUUCGAAGCCAUUCAAGAUCAAUACUCCCAAGCUCCUUCUUGAGAAGAUCAAUGCAAUUCUUCAGAAAUAAAAACAACACACAGAAUGAGCUGCAAUGGCUUAACAAAUACUAUGUAGUAUUUAAGUUCAUCAUUUGAAGUGAAACAGUCUUCAACUGAUCUUGAUUUACCUUUAUUCUCUCAGCAAGUUUUUUGUCCAUUCCUCUAUCUGUAAUAGCUUUAGAAAUGUCAUCUACAUGAGAAGAGCUAACCGCGUUCCAAUCUAAAGCACUGGAUGUAGUAUCAUCAUUUCUCAUUUUAUCAUCGAAUUGAGCACAUAACUUUCUUAUAUUAUCUCGAUGGUUGACACUAUUUCCUUCUUUCUCUGUUUUCCUGAUUAAAAAAUUCAUUCCAACUUCUUUUCUGUUUACUUCCUUCUCCUUUUCUUCCAUGCUUAGAUUUUUAAUCUGCCUUUUGUCAAUUGAGUCACUUUCCACUGAAGGUACUGACAAUUUGCUACUUAUGUCACUGUUUGGAUAGUGAGCAGCCAGUGACAUGAAAGCAGAGCUGCAAAAGUAUUUGCUUCCAGUAAGUUUAGUUAAUGAUGCACAUCCUCUUACAUUCACCAUCUUUCUCUCAGUUUUUAUGGUCGAUAAAAAGUUUCUUGCAAGUACCAAUUAGGGACUAACCACUUACCUUGAUGAGAUGUCCGAUACAUUUUGAGUUAGAAAUGCUCCUGCUACCGAAUCUACAACUGAGCCUUUCCAGGGAGAGAAUCGUCUAUUACCUAUGAAGUUGAUAGCUCAUCUUAUACUAGCAUAUAUACUUAGGUUUAUCAUGCAAGUUUGAGUAUGCACAAUUAUUUGGAGAACCACAAAGAUAAAGUUGAGCAGAUGAAAUAUUGCAUGUUCUGUAUAAAGUUGUUGCAACAUUACCUUGGAUAAUAUGCAUGCGAAAAAUGAAUGAUGCAAUUCGUCCUCGGAAAAGCUCUCUUUCCUUCUCCCACUUUUCUUUAUACUUCUCAGCCAUUUCAGUGUCCCCAUUUUCUUCUUUUUCUGAUUUUCCCAUCAACCAUUCCCACUCUUUUAUUGUAUCCAUGUCAAGGUCAACUUUUGCUUCUAACUUGACCUCUGUCAACUUUUUCUCCUUGAAGGUUACUAGGGCUCUCUGUUCAAUAUUCUUCUUCUUGGUGAUAGAUUCCUUUUGUUUUUCGCCACCUACAGACCUUUCUUUGCUAAGAGCCAAACUGAUAACCUUUUUUCUUCUUAGUUUAUGUGACCCUAUAAGAUGUGAAUGACGUGGUCAUCAGAACAGUUUAGCAGGAUCCCCUGCAUAUCCAAGAAAAGUGUGUAUUGUGAUUUCUACCUUUGACCUCUUCAUUCAUACUUUCAGAGAGCUGCCCUGCAAUGCGCAUGAAGUUAAAAUUCUUUGUUCUCAUAUUUCGAAAGAAUGGCCUAAUCUUCUCCCCCUGAGAUCUUCUACAAUACACCUGCAGUAUACAACACACUCAUAGUUACACUAUCUAUGACAAUGACAUUCAUAUCGGUACAAGGAAAUCAUUCCAAAGUAGUGUAAUUGUUAUGACAUACGUAGUGCAUCUGCUUUAAAGAGUCUGAAUCCGACCUCCCAAUGCUGUGUGAAGUCUGAGAACUUUGAAUUCCAUAAAGUUGGUCUACAGUGACCCGGUUAUCCUUUCUAGACUUUUGUGCAUUAGAGUUCAGUGCUUGCUGAAGGUUAUAUUCUUUUCCUGUACAGUAACUUUUUAUAUCCUCCUUACUGACAUCUGUGUCUAGUUCUUUUUUAAUUAACUGGCUUUUAUGUACCAAUAAGUUGGUAUUCUUUGCUGAACGGCGCUUUCGAGGUGUCAACUGAUUAGGUGUCCCGGGUUUAAGUGAUUCACCACAAGGAUGAUCAUCUUCCGCCCCUGCUACUUUCUUAAUGCAAUAAUGCUUCUUCAUUCUCAGUCUCCGCCUUGGUACGAGGUUGUCAGUUUCAAAGAUGCUUCUGCUUCUUUUCCUUCUCCAUGAUGUUCCUGCCAACUCUUCUGCAGCAAACCAAUACCAAUCAGCAUCUUAUCCAUGGAUAGUUGGGCAUGCAUCCAUCUCAUUAAGCAAUGAAAAAUGCUCUCAUCCCAUUAAUAUUUUAUUUCCCGUCACAAAAUGUUCUUUAUUCAUUUUAGGGAAAAUCCAAAUAUAACCAUGCUUUGCUUUUUACGUUCUAAUUGAUUUCGAAACCAUACAAGCUCACUGCCUAAUGAAAAGGGGAGAACAUUUAGGAGGGAUGUAAUAUGGACUACAAUGGUAUAAUAUUACAUCCCUAUGUGUGUGUGCGGGUGUGUAUGCUAUGUGAGUGAAAGAAAGUAGGGGUGGGCAUAUCGGCCUGGUUCACUCGAACCAAACUGAACUAAACCGAACCGAAACCGGACCAUAUGCAAUUUGGUUUGAGUUUGCUAGUAUUUCUUUCAAACCGCAUUAAACCGAAUGCAAACUAAAGAAUUUCAAUAAAACCUUCAUAUGUUAUUAAAAAUAACAAAUCCAAACCAAGCCAAACCAAACCAAACUGAAAAAUAAUAUGGUUUUUGUUUAGUAAUAAUUCUUCCAAUCCGUUCCAAACCGAAUUGAACCGAAAUCGAUAAAAACCGAGCCGAAAACCGAUAAAAAACAGAAUAAAACAAAAUGAGAAAACAUUUUGCUGAAGGUUACCUUGGAAAACAAAUUAAUGAAACACCCUCAAAAGAAAGUGUCAAGAAAAAAAUAAUUUCUUAUGUCUAGCUUUACCUUGGAAAAUAAAAAACAGAAUAAAACAAAAUUAAUGUGGUUUAGAGAUUUACAUACAUUUAGAUUUCUUAGCAUUUAUAUAAUAGGAAUAUAUUUAAAAAAUGAGAACAUAAAACCUGAAUUUACUGAUCAAGUUUGAAUCAAUGUUUAAAUUCCUUGACAAUUUUCCCAUCCCAAAUUUAUUCUAUGAUGAUGUCCUAAUGUUUUUCUUUCUUGUUAUUUUCUAAUUAUGGGCCAUUAGGAAAGGAUUUAGGUAAAUAAUAUCAUUUGAUAAGAAUAUCAUUGUGAUGAUUAUAUGAGUUCAGGGGUAGACCAGACUGGGACUGAAUGGAAAAUAAGGUUUCAAGCUGAUUUCAUUUUCGCACACCCCAUUUUUUUUGAUAAAAACCUUUAUUCUUACUUGUAAAAAAAUAUGUGUGAAAAUGUAUAGGGAUAAAUUUUGUAUCUAGCCCACUCCAAAAUGACUUUUAUUAAUUACCUACAUAAUUAAUGAGUGAACCAAUGAUAUUAGUUACCUCGUUAAAUUAGGAUGAUUGAUAAAUUAGAACUACUCGCAAUCAAUUCAACUAUAGAUUGCGAAUAACAUCCAUUUUCACAGUAAACAUAUAACACUAAUGUUUCAUUCAUUUAUUUAAAUUGAAAAUGAUCACGUUUACAUAACUACUUUGCUAAAAAGAAAACAAUGGCCAUGCUUACAUAAUCGCUUUUCUAGAAGUUCAUCACUAGAAAUGAAAAUAAUAAUUAACAUACUCCGUAUGUUCCAUGUGCGUAAAUGAGUAUCUUAUAAAAAGAAUAAGACCCCCGCUUUAAAAAGGAACAGAAGUAGUAGGUGAUAAUUCUCUUGCAAGGGGUGACACAAGGGUUGAAUCCCGGGUUCGAAUCUCGGCACCUGCAUCCCGGGUUCGAAUCUCGGCACCUGCGAUGAGGGGUUACUAUGCUAAAAAUGUACAGUCUCUGCAAGUACCGGGGACAACCCCACUCUCUAUCUAUAGUCCAAUUUACAUCCUUCCAUUCUCUAUCUGUCAGAUUGGGAUUAUAGUCCAAUUUACAUCCUUCCAACGUACCCUCCAACGUCCAACGUAUCGGUUGGUCGGGGUUGGGGACCCGUCCUUUUUUUUGAUAAUUCUCUUGCAAAUUAAACUAGCCAUGUAAAAAACCGUGAUUGUUUAUGUAAAGCAAUUGAUGAAUUUUGAUCAUAUUCAUUUGAUUUUCUGUUUUAUGAGCUUCUAGGGUGUCGUCUAGUUCACUAAUUGUUUUUAUUUCCCAGCUAAUGGCAAAUAAGAGCUAGAAUUUGAAGAAAAAUCUGAAGUAUGUAUGAAUCGAGCUUAGCGUGCAGACAAAGUAAGAAAUUAAUGUGUAAUUAAUAAUGAGAGCAAGCUAAGUAAUAUGGGUUAAAGGAUGGACUAACGAAUUCCUGCUUUGUUUGUAUCUCUAGUCGCCAUGGCUAUGCUGUGCUCUGGCCAAACGCCAGCCGCAAGA